AUGCCUGAUCACUAUCGACAACCACGUACUAAUUCUUCGUCGUCUGUCACUACUUCAAAUGUGGUAGGAGUACACUAUAAAGUGGGUCGUAAAAUAGGCGAAGGAAGUUUUGGUAUUAUAUACGAAGGUGUCAAUCUCAUGAACAACCAACAAGUAGCUAUCAAAUUUGAAUCAAGAAAGUCAGAUGCACCUCAAUUACGUGAUGAAUAUAGAACCUAUAAAGUCUUGGCUGGUUUACCCGGUAUUCCUGCAGCUUACUAUUUUGGUCAAGAAGGCCUCCAUAGUAUACUCGUGAUCGAUUUACUAGGGCCAAGCCUAGAGGAUCUAUUUGAUAUGUGUUCCCGUAAAUUCUCUAUUAAAACCGUAGCCAUGUUGGCAAAGCAAAUGAUUACACGUAUACAAUCGAUACAUGAGCGCAAUCUCAUUUACCGUGAUAUCAAGCCAGAUAACUUUCUGAUCGGACGUCCAAACACAAAAAAUGCCAACACCAUUUACCUCAUCGACUUUGGUAUGGCGAAGCUUUACCGUGAUCCAAAAACAAAGCAACAUAUACCUUACAGAGAAAAGAAGAGUCUAUCAGGUACAGCUCGUUAUAUGAGUAUCAAUACCCACUUGGGACGAGAACAAUCCAGAAGAGACGAUUUAGAGUCACUAGGGCAUGUAUUUAUGUAUUUCUUGAGAGGCUCAUUACCUUGGCAAGGUCUAAAGGCAGCAACAAAUAAACAAAAAUAUGAAAGAAUCGGUGAAAAGAAACAGACGACAAGUAUUAACGAUUUAUGUGCAGGAUUUCCAGAGGAAUUUGGACUUUACUUGCAAUAUGCACGAAGGCUCGGGUUUGAAGAAAACCCCAAUUAUGAAUACAUGAAGGAGCUGUUUGAUAAAGUGCUUGAAUCAAUAGGCGAGAUAGAUGAUGGCAUCUAUGACUGGAUGUUACUAAACGACGGAAAGGGCUGGGAGCAUCGAUCUAGCUACUAUCGUCGAAACACAGCGGUUGCCGCCCUUAACAACGCAGUGAUUCCAAGACAGCAAAACAAUCAUACCAUGACACCACCCACAACCAAUACCACUACAACUAACAAUAACACAAGUAACCGAUACAGUCGACACAUGUAUAGAUCAGCACAACCCAUGUUAUCUGAUGCAGCCAUUGUCAACUAUCAUACCAUCGACAACCGUCAACAGCAGACAGACGAUUCGAAGAGAGGCUUUUUAUCUACUUGUCUAACCGCCUUAUCGUGUGGUUGCUUGUAA